AGAGUCAACUCUGCCCCAAGCCCUAGCUUGGCCAGAAGGUAGCAGACAGACAGACGGAUCUAACCCCUCUUGCAUCCUCCAGCCAUGAGGCUCCUCUGGGGGCUGAUCUGGGCAUCCAGCUUCUUCACCUUGUCUCUGCAGAAGCCCAGGUUGCUCUUGUUCUCUCCUUCUGUGGUUCAUCUGGGGGUCCCCCUGUCGGUGGGGGUGCAGCUCCAGGAUGUGCCCCGAGGACAGGUAGUGAAAGGAUCAGUGUUCCUGCGAAACCCAUCUCAUAAUAAUGUCCCCUGCUCCCCAAAGGUGGACUUCACCCUUAGCUCAGACAGAGACUUCGCACUCCUCAGUCUCCAGGUGCCCUUGAAAGAUGUGAAGAGCUGUGGCCUCCAUCAACUCCUCAGACGCCCUGAGGUCCAGCUGGUGGCCCAGUCGCCAUGGCUAAAGGACUCUCUGUCCAGAAAGACAAACAUCCAGGGUGUCAACCUGCUCUUCUCCUCUCGCCGGGGGCACCUCUUUUUGCAGACGGACCAGCCCAUUUACAACCCUGGCCAGCGGGUUCGGUACCGGGUCUUUGCUCUGGAUCAAAAGAUGCGCCCGAGCACUGACGCCAUCACAGUCACGGUGGAGAACUCUCACGGCCUCCGCAUGCGGAAGAAGGACGUGUACCUGCCCUCGUCCAUCUUCCAGGAUGACUUUGUGAUCCCAGACAUCUCAGAGCCAGGGACCUGGAAGAUCUCAGCCCGAUUCUCAGAUGGCCUGGAAUCCAACCGCAGCACCCAGUUUGAGGUGAAGAAAUACGUCCUUCCCAACUUUGAGGUGAAGAUCACCCCUGGAAAGCCCUACAUCCUGACGGUGCCAGGCCAUCUUGAUGAAAUCCAGUUAGACAUCCAGGCCAGGUACAUCUACAGGAAGCCAGUGCAGGGGGUGGCGUAUGUGCGCUUUGGGCUCCUAGAUGAGGAUGGUAAGAAGACUUUCCUUCGGGGGCUGGAGAGUCAGACCAAGCUGGUGAAUGGACAGAGCCACAUUUCCCUCUCAAAGGCAGAGUUCCAGGAUGCCCUGGGGAAGCUGAAUAUGGGCAUGACUGACCUCCUGGGGCUACGCCUCUACGUUGCUGCAGCCAUCAUUGAGUCUCCAGGUGGGGAGAUGGAGGAGGCAGAGCUCACAUCCUGGUCUUUUGUGUCAUCUCCCUUCUCCUUGGAUCUUAGCAAGACCAAGCGACACCUUGUGCCUGGGGCCCCCUUCCUGCUGCAGGCCUUGGUCCGUGAGAUGUCAGGCUCCCCAGCUUCUGGCAUUCCUGUCAAAGUUUCUGCCACAGUGUCUUCUCCUGGGUCUGUUCCUGAAGUCCAGAACAUUCAACAAAACACAGAUGGGAGCGGCCAAGUCAGCAUUCCAAUCUUUAUCCCUCAGACCAUCUCAGAGCUGCAGCUCUCGGUAUCUACAGGCUCCCCCUAUCCAGCCAUAGCCAGGCUCACUGUGGCAGCCCCACCUUCAGGAGGCCCCGGGUUUCUGUCUAUUGAGCGGCCGGAUUCUCGACCUCCUCGUGUUGGGGACACUCUGAACCUGAACUUGCGAGCCGUGGGCAGUGGGGCCACCUUUUCUCAUUACUACUACAUGAUCCUAUCCCGAGGGCAGAUCGUGUUCAUGAAUCGAGAGCCCAAGAGGACUGUGACCUCGGUCUCCGUGUUUGUGGACCAUCACCUGGCACCCUCCUUCUACUUUGUGGCCUUCUACUACCAUGGAGACCGCCCAGUGGCCAACUCCCUGCGAGUGGAUGUCCAGGCUGGGGCCUGCGAGGGCAAGCUGGAGCUCAGCGUGGACGGUGCCAAGGAAUACCGGAACGGGGAGUCCAUGAAGCUCCACUUAGAAACUGACUCCCCAGCCCUGGUGGCGCUGGGAGCCUUGGACACAGCUCUGUAUGCUGCAGGCAGCAAGUCCCACAAGCCCCUCAACAUGGGCAAGGUCUUUGAAGUUAUGAACAGCUAUGAUCUCGGCUGUGGUCCUGGGGGUGGGGACAGUGCCCUUCAGGUGUUCCAGGCAGCGGGCCUAGCCUUUUCUGAUGGAGAACAAUGGACCUUCUCCAGAAAGAGACUGGGCUGUCCCAAGGAGAAGACAACCCGGAAAAAGAGAAACAUAAACUUCCAAAAGGCGAUUAAUGAGAAAUUGGGUCAGUAUGCUUCCCCAACAGCCAAGCGCUGCUGCCAGGAUGGGGUGACACGUCUGCCCAUGAGGCGUUCCUGUGAGCAGCGGGCAGCCCGAGUGCAGCAGCCGGACUGCCGGGAGCCCUUCCUGUCCUGCUGCCAAUUUGCUGAGAGUCUGCGCAAGAAGAACAGGACCAGAGGCCAGGUGGGCCUCCAACGAGCCCUGGAGAUCCUGCAGGAGGAGGACCUGAUUGAUGAGGAUGACAUUCCCGUGCGCAGCUUCUUCCCAGAGAACUGGCUCUGGAGAGUGGAAACAGUGGACCGCUUUCAAAUAUUGACACUGUGGCUCCCCGACUCUCUGACCACGUGGGAGAUCCACGGCCUGAGCCUGUCCAAAACCAAAGGCCUAUGUGUGGCCACCCCAGUCCAGCUGCGAGUGUUCCGCGAGUUCCACCUGCACCUCCGCCUGCCCAUGUCUGUCCGCCGCUUUGAGCAGCUGGAGCUGCGGCCUGUCCUCUAUAACUACUUGGAUAGAAACCUGACUGUGAGCGUCCACGUGUCCCCAGUGGAGGGACUGUGCCUGGCUGGGGGCGGAGGGCUGGCCCAGCAGGUGCUGGUGCCUGCGGGCUCUGCCCGGCCUGUCGCCUUCUCUGUGGUGCCCACAGCAGCCGCCGCUGUGUCCCUGAAGGUGGUGGCUCGAGGGUCCUUCGAAUUCCCUGUGGGAGAUGCCGUGUCUAAGGUUCUGCAGAUUGAGAAGGAAGGGGCCAUCCAUACAGAGGAGCUGGUCUAUGAACUCAACCCCCUGGGUGAGUAUGGCACCAGAGAGGUCUGUGGCCUCAAAUGUCCUGCGUCCUCUCCCUGCCCCUUGCUGAGCCAGGUCCUUCGUAUCUACAAUGUCCUGGACAUGAAGAACACGACCUGCCAGGACCUGCAGAUAGAAGUGACAGUCAAAGGCCACGUCGAGUACACGAUGGAAGCAAACGAGGACUAUGAGGACUAUGAGUACGAUGAGUUUCCAGCCAGGGACGACCCAGGUGUCCCUCUGCAGCCUGUGACACCCCUGCAGCUGUUUGAGGGUCGGAGGAACCGCCGCAGGAGGGAGGCGCCCAAGGUGGUGGAGGAGCAGGAGUCCAGGGUGCACUACACCGUGUGCAUCUGGCGGAACGGCAAGGUGGGGCUGUCUGGCAUGGCCAUCGCGGACAUCACCCUCCUGAGUGGAUUCCACGCCCUGCGUGCUGACCUAGAGAAGCUGACCUCCCUCUCUGACCGUUACGUGAGUCACUUUGAGACCGAGGGGCCCCACGUCCUGCUGUAUUUUGACUCGGUGAGUGGGGAGAGUGUGGGGGGCAGAAAGCGCUGGGGCUCCCUGGGACUGAGGAGGCAGAACAGAGGGACCCGUGCCCUAACUCCUCUGUGUUCUCCAGAGCGCAGAUGUUCUGUGUUUUAUGGGGCACCAAGUAAGAGCAGACUCCUGGCCACCUUGUGUUCUGCUGAAGUCUGCCAGUGUGCUGAGGGGAAGUGCCCUCGCCAGCGUCGCGCCCUGGAGCGGGGUCUGCAGGACGAGGAUGGCUACAGGAUGAAGUUUGCCUGCUACUACCCCCGUGUGGAGUACGGCUUCCAGGUUAAGGUUCUUCGAGAAGACAGCAGAGCGGCUUUCCGCCUCUUUGAGACCAAGAUCACCCAAGUCCUGCACUUCACCAAGGAUGUCAAGGCCACUGUUAAUCAGACGCGCAACUUCCUGGUUCGAGCGUCUUGCCGCCUUCGCUUGGAACCUGGGAGAGAAUAUUUGAUCAUGGGUCUGGAUGGGGCCACCUAUGACCUCAAGGGACACCCCCAGUACCUGCUGGACUCGAAUAGCUGGAUCGAGGAGAUGCCUUCUGAACGCCAGUGCCGGAGUACCCGCCUGCGGGCAGCCUGCGCACAGCUCAAUGACUUCCUCCAGGAAUAUGGCACUCAGGGGUGCCAGGUGUGAGGGCUGCCCUUCCGCCUCCCCCGGGAGGAACCUGAGCCUGGGAACCGUGAAGCUGGAAGCACUGCUGUCUCCGCUUUGCUGAACACAGCCUGGGACCAGGGCAUAUUAAAGGUUUUUGGCAGCAAA